AUGCUUGAAAUGCCUGUCAUAUCGCGUUCUCGCCACCACGGAUGGCUGCUUCGCAACCCGGAAAAUUACAACGCUUUCCUUGGGACAAAGAUCAGCGAUGCACGUCACCAGCUCAGCCGCCAGACUGGCGCUGAGCACAAGCAUAGCAAGCCUGUUCAGCAGUUUGCCCACCCUAUCAAUAAACAUCCCACCAUGAAAAAGCUUUUCGGCGAAAUCUUCUCCAAUUACGUACCAGCGUACCUCGUCUUCGAUAUGCUCAGCAACACUUCUGCAGCCUACGACUUGUUCCCGCUUAAUCAUUUGCUGAACUGUUGGGGCAAAUACCUUCACAGCCCUGGGUCCAACUCUACGCUUAACACUGGGGAGGAUGGAUGGUUCAAUCCGAAGGUCAUGGAAAUCCUCACGUCUGGCCUGGGUCCACUGUCCUUCGAGCAGACCUACGUCUGUCCUGAUCCUAAUGCAGAGAACAAAAGCUUCCAGUUGUGGGAUGCCUUCAUCAGAGAGGUCCGGCCUCAGGCGCGCCCCGUCAGGUUUCCUGAUGACCCAUAUUUCAUUCACAAUGCCUGCGAGUCGACCACCCUCCAAAUCGCUACUAAUGUUAAACUUCACGACACGUUCUGGCUCAAGGACCAUCUCUACGACAUGCUCGGUGACAAUGAAGAAUAUGCUUUGCCAUUCGUCGGGGGAACGAAAGCCUAUGGAGUGGAAGGCUCUCACUAUGUUGUACUGCCUGAUGAAGGAGCCCCUCAGGGCGACUACGACCUCGAACCGGGCGAUCCCUACGGUGCCCUCAUUCGUUCUCAGCCCUGGCUUACCGUUUCCGCCACUCGCGCUCUGAUCUUCAUUGAGGCAGACGAGCCUGUCGGUUUGAUUUGCUUCAUCGGGGUUGGUAUGGCGGAAGUGUCGACUUGUGCGCUCAGUGUCAACGACAGUGACACGGUGGUCAAAGGCCAAGAGAUCGGCAUGUGCCACUUCGGUGGAUCUUCUGUUGUGCUUAUCUUCAGUCCGGAGGUGAAGAUACGCUUCGAAGAUAUCGAUGAACAGCCCAUUACGCGAGGCCGCCACUACUGGGUCAACACGCUCAUUGGCAGGGUCACUUGGAAUUAAUUUAAACUGUAAUGGUGAACUUGAGCUCGAUGGCGAGGUGAUUUGAGCUGGUUGAGCGCUGAAAAUUAUCGUAAGAUACAGUACAGAGUUAGGGAUCACCUUUCUGCAAUGUCGCGUACCGUUAGCGCAUAGGGAGUCUGUUUCAAG